AUGGCGAUUAAGUUAGUAGUUGGAGGGAGCACUCUGAAUGUCGAUAGCGCGUACGCGCCGCAAGCGGGCUUGGGCGAGGAGGUUAAGAGGCGCUUCUGGGAGGGGUUUGAUGAGGUGGUGCGGGGUAUUCCAUCAACGGAGAAGUUAUUUAUAGGAGGGGAUUUCAAUGGUCAUAUUGGGUCGUCGGCUGGGGGCUAUGGCGACGUGCACGGUGGCUUCGGCUUGGGGGAUAGGAACGUAGGUGGUGUUUCUCUAUUGGAUUUCGCUAGGGCUUUUGAGUUGGUGAUUGCGGACUCUAGUUUCCCGAAGAGGGAGGAGCAUUUGGUUACCUUCCGGAGUAUGGUGGCUAAGACCCAGAUUGAUUAUAUCCUCCUCAGGAGGUGUGAUAGGGGGGUAUGCGAGGAUUGUAAGGUGAUCCCGAGUGAGACCCUCGCGACUCAACAUAGGCUCCUGGUGAUGGAUGUUGGUAUCGUGAUAAAGAAGAAGAGGUUUGUACGGGGUCAACCGAGGAUCAGGUGGGGUGCUUUGGCUAAGGAUAAUGCGCAUGAGUUGGAGGGGCGGCUGUUGGUUAUGGGUGCCUGGAAGAGUAGUAGGGAUGCUAGCGCUAUGUUGACGGCGACGGCGAACU